AUGUCUCGCGCCUGGGUGUUCCGCGCCAUCGCGACCGCCGCCUGCGUAUGCGCAUGGCCGGCGACCGGGGACUUCCUCCGCGGCGGCCAGCGCAGCAGGGUGAUGGAGAUGACCGAGGCCACGUCACAGGUCAUUUUCGAGGAGAACACGCUUUUCCGCCGGCCUAUCCUGGUAUUGUUCCGGCCAAAUAGCGGGCCGCGGCUGGCUGAGGAGAGCGAGGUCCGGGCCGCCCUCGACAAGCUCGACAAGAGGUUCUUCGUGGUCUUCUCCGGGGACUUGACCGCAACGGAGCUGAAGAUGAUGAACACGAUGGGCCUCUUCCAGCGCGAGCAGCUGCCACUGCUGGCCGUGCUGUCAUUCGACUUCCACGCCGACAACCCCCAUGCUGACUUCCACACGUUCCGCUUCAGGGGCAACAUCACGAAGCAGGCGGUGCUCGAUUUCUCGCAGGACUACCUCGGCGGCAAGCUGCGGCCAGAAGGAAUCCUCAGCGAGCCGCCGCCCGAGGGAGAGGGCUACGACGGAGACGUCCGGCACCUCGUGGGUUUAAAUUUCGACCAGGCGACGGCGAUGGCGAACCUGGCCCUCUACCUGGACCAGGGCGUCGGCGGCCCAAGGGACGCGGAGGAGGCAGCCGCCUGGCGGACCCGGGCGGCGGGCGCGAGCGGCUAG